AUGUCACGCUAUCCUCAGGCUUGGUCGAUCGAGGGAUACCUACUCGGCCACCGCAAAUUUGUCGGUGCCUUACUCUGGCUACCCCAUCCGACGGAUCCCGAGCCUGCCCAGGGCCGGCUCCUCAGCGCCGGAGGAGACAACGCGCUUUUCGUCUGGGACCAUCUCCGUGGCCUCGCCAGCCAGACCAUCGACCUCUCAGGUAUCGCUAACGGUCUCAAGGUCUGUCCCGCCAAACAGGCCUGGUUCUCCAAGUCCCGCACCAACAAACGUCGGCGGACUAAUCCCAUCGAGAAAGCCGAACCCGCGCCGACCGGAUCCGAGCCUCCGAGCGCCCCUGCUAUCGAUCAAAACAACUCCGCCGGUCAUGAUCAGCAUCCUGCGGCUCAAGACGUACACACAGAGUCCGCUCUCGAGCUUCAACCGAUCGUCCAGAAAACCUGUGUCAACAAGAUUGUUUACACUACCCCUAGCGAUCACGCGGGGCCGGGAUACGUGCUAGUGACUUCAGUCGGCUCCUCGACGAUCGCCUACAUUCCUUUGCCUCGGAUCUUCGACACCAACCAGGCCACUGAGGCCGGCCAGAUUACCCGCUACCUCGACCUCGGCCUGCCCGUCCUCGACCUCGCCGUUCUGUCUCCUGGCCUCGUUCUCGUCUCCCUCGACUCUUCCUUCCCCUCUGAUUCCUCGUCUCCCUCCUCCUCCUUCCGGACCUUGUCUCUGACCCCUGACAAGAUUAAAGAGGUCUCGGAUCCUGAGGGUUUCAAUUUAGCAUUCCUCAACGAAUCAGGCUCUAUUGAAAGUUCGAGCGAGCUACCGAUGCCGAGUCAAGAGCUCCUUUACCCAGAGCUAUUACUCUUCACAAAAGACAGUCCGGGCACAUCGGCUUUGGAUAACAAGCCCCAUGGUAGGGACGUCGGCACGGGGGGCAGGUCUGGGAAGAAGGGCGAGGGUAGACUCAAGGAAAAAAGAACAACUUGA